GUUGCGCAAUCUUUGGUUGAGUUUUUGCUGCUUCAGCUGUCACUUUCCUUAAACCCCUUUCUUUCUCUUCUCUCUGUUGCAUGCUUCGGGAACAUGGGGUUCAUCACCGGAGUUAUUGCUUUCUUUUACCACUUACCUCAAAUGGACAUCAAUCUUGUCUAUAUUGAUGUCCACUGCGUUCCUCAUACUUAAGAAGUGUCCGGGACUUUGCGAAAACCUGAACACUGAACGGGAGGACCGGAACCCAUGCGACUUUGACUGGUCACCAUAGAGCAGCAUGCAGGGAACCUGUUUAUGUUCAGUAAGGUGGCCAACGUCAUCCUCUUCUUCAGGCUGGACAUCAGACUGGGCAUCCUCUACUUCCUACUGUGUAUUGCACAAGGUGUAUACCUAUUUAUCAGGUACAAGGUUAGCACCUUUCCUCUGGCCAAGCAGCUCCCUUCAUUGGUGCUUUUCCAGUCAGGGCGGGAGGUCAUGAGACGUCCAAUGGUGGACAAUAAGUGUCAAGCUGUGUCCUGGACUUUCAGCAAGGAAAACAUAAUCCGUGAAUUCAACCUGAACGAGCUCUUCGAGGCAUCUAAGAUAAAGAAGGGUCGUGGUGUGAAAGGAGAGGACCAGAACCCCUCACUACCAGAGGAGAGCAGCGAAGAGCCCCAACCUGAACCAGACACCACAGCAGAGAGCAAGAAAGACCAGUAGUGACGAAGGGACAACAGGGACUGGAUUGUUCUACUGCACACAGUUCACUGGUCGUCACACAAUCGGUCUCUCGGUUAUCACUGGUUGUAUUACCAGACUACCAGGAUUCGCGUUAAUUCAAGAGCUCGGGCUCGUGGCAAAGCUGCUGCACGCCAACAAAAAGGGACAGAAUGAGAUUCACUACAUGACCAAAAGCAUGUGGACACCUGCUCGUCGAAAAUCUAAUUCCAAAAUCAUGGGCAUCAAAAUUGGA